AUGGCGUCAAAAGAAGACGAUUUGAAAGUCAUACGAUGCACUUAUUUGGAGUUAAAAGAGCUCGCAGAAACGCUAGAAAAGCCUCGAAGUAGGAAUAAUAGAGGUUCAAGGACCGCUCCUUCGAAUUCUGCUAAGAAAACUAGAGAAACGCCUCGCGAUGAGCCAGGAAAUAAGGUUAAAGGUAGCACUAAAUCAAGCAAGGAGCGCGGAGUUUCACGUCAGCAAAAGACUUUACCCGAUCGACCACGAAAGGAGAAAGAUUUGCCAGCUGAAAAAGCUUCAGGGAUCUCUAAAAAGAAAGGCGUAGCGAAGAAAGUGACUCCAAAAGAGCAAAAUCGUACUACAAAUAAUAAAAAUGGGUUGAUUAAUACGAAAACAAUUCCAGGGCAAACGACUGUAUCUAAAACCGUUAGGUUUGACGUUCAAAAUACGAAAGAAUCGUCUGAGUCUGAAGGGGAUAUAAAUGAGUAUGAUAGAGGUUUGAUUUCACCAAACAGAUUGUUGUAUGAUCCAGCAGUUAGGAAGCAAACAUCAAGGUCUAACAACGGUAAAACCUUGGUCCAAAAUGAUCUAUGUUCAAAUGAUGAUUUUUGUCGAAAUAUGGAACGGCUUAGUACUAAUGAUAGUACACCCUUAGCUACAAUAAAAAGUAAUUUACAAGAUAGCCCUGCAAUACCACAUACCCAGACAAAUUCCAAAAAGGUUAACAAGCAAAUGGCAGAAACACUUUUAGCCGACAUUGGCUAUCUCGAAGCGGACCUUGACAACCUGUUGUCAAGGCGGAUAAACUCCAAGGAACAAUUGGGUCAUGUGACUAAACUAAGCUGUCAGGUUGAAGAGAAGUGCAAGGCAAUUAUGUUGACAGAUCUAUACGUUUUUACAACGAGGGAAGUUUACCAUAUUCUGUGGCGGAACGGUAUUUACCAAGUCAUCGAAAAGUUACGAAUGUUACAGAAAUCAUCUCAAGAUGAUGAGAAUUGGACAAGUGAAGUAUCUUGUGUUCUGCAAGAGUUUCUAGACUCGACUCGUACAUUUAUCACCAGCUUGAUAACAAGUCUUGAAGAUAAACACAAGUUUUUAUUGAAAAGCUUUUUAGAUGCUCCAAACCAAUUUGACGAUUGUAGUCGUGCGGUAAGGUCACAGAAUACUACACAGAAGUCCAUCUCCAUUGUUUUUUGCGUAAGCGUUAUUCGUCAUGAUUCGUCACUCAGCAAGUACGGUAAACAGAAGCAGUCACCCCCCUGGAAAUACUAAAAAUGGCGCAUGUCCAGGGGGGUGACUGCUUCUGUUUACGGUACUUGCUGAGUGACGAAUCAUGACGAAUAACGCUUACGCAAAAAACAAUGGAGAUGGACUUCUGUGUAGUAUUCUGUGGUAAGGUUUUGACAUCAGAGGAUUAACGGGUAGUGCGGAAUGCAAAAAUUAGCUUUACUUUUAUUGGAUAGUGCUGUCGGUUCUAAACUUUUCUCCUCAAAGGCCAGUAAGGCCAUCAGCUCAGGUAACUGGAAUACCCAGAGAAAAUCUGUUGUGUUUGGAAGCAUUUUUCCCAACUUGUGAAAUUAUAUUCAGACAAUUUGCAUAUUGUAGGUAUGCAGAAUCAAACCCCAAUUGCAAAGAUGAAGGCACAUGCACUGACCAUAAUGUUAUGCAGGUAGCCUACAUUCAAAACAUGUACCAGUACUACCUCUGCAUGAUCUAACCAUGCUUAACUCAACAGCAAGCUCUGUACUACAUCAGAUCCACUUAGGGUAGCUCACAUUCAAGAACAUGUACUAUCUCUUUAUGAUCUAACCAUGUUUAACUAAGCAGUGAGUUCUGUUCAACAUCAGAUCACUUUAAGGUACUCAAGCUCACAUUCAAGAACAUGUACUACUUCUGCAUGGUCUAGUUAACCAUGCUUAACUCAGCAGUGAGUUCUGUACAACAUCAGAUCACUUUAAAGUAGCCCUCAUUCAAGAACAUGUACUACCUCUGUAUGAUCUAACCAUGCUUAACUCAGCAGUGAGUUCUGUACAACAUCAGAUCACUUUAAGGUAGCCCUCAUUCAAGAAAAAAGUACUACUUCUGCAUGAUCUAACCAUGCUUAACUCAGAAAUGAGUUCUGUAACAUCAGAUCACUUUAAGGUGGCCCUCAUUCAAGAACAUGUACUACCUCUGCAUGAUCUAACCAUGCUUAACUCAGAAAUGAGUUCUGUAACAUCAGAUCACUUUAAGGUAGCCCACAUUCAAGAACAUGUACUACAUCUGCAUGACCUAACCCUACUUUGCUUAACAUGGAAAGUCAAUGUCCCCAGAGGCGAUCAGCUUUACAUGGUAGACAAAUUUAAUAUUAAAUACGUAUUUAUUAUAAAUUACUUUAUAACAGGUGAAAAUGGCUUUACGAAGCUGUCAUCAUUUUAUGAUUUUCCUUGGCGACAUAGAGCGCUACAAACAAAACCUUGCAUCUUCUAAAGAAUGGAGCGUAGCACGAUCAUAUUACCUCAAGGCAAGCAAGAUUGCUCCGAGGAAUGGCAAACCUUACAACCAGCUAGCUGUCAUUGCCGUGUACGCUAAACGCAGGCUGGAUGCCGUGUAUUACUAUGUUAGGAGUCUCAGUGUUAGUAACCCUAUCAUGACGGCGAGGGAAAAGUUACAUGCCAUCUUUGAUGAUGUGCAGAGAAAGGUAGCUUAUAAAUCUGAACAAAUAUUUUCAAGUACAGAUCCGGUGUAGAUAGUAUUCAACAACAAAAUGGUGUGGGUUGUGUCUGAACUAUCGAGAUGUUCCCAAAAGGUUUUUCAUACAGGAAAAGACAACCUGUUCCUUUAAUAUCCCAACUAAAGCUGAAAUCAGUCUGAGGAGUGUUUUCACCUUUUUCAUGGCAGCUUAUAGUAGAAUAUUUUCAGGUAGUUCAGAUCGCACAAACCACGACAGCUUAUUAUAGAAUACUACCUACACUGGACCACUACGUUUGAGAUAUCUUUUUAAGGUAGUUCAGACACAAACCACGACAGCUUAUUGUAGAAUACUACCUACACUGGACUACCACGUUUGAGAUAUCUUUGCCAGGUAGUUCAGACACAAACCACAACAGCUUAUUGUAGAAUACUACCUACACUGGACCACCACGUUUGAGAUAUCUUUUCCAGGUAGCUCAGACACAAACCACGAAAGCUUAUUUUAGAAUACUACCUACACUGUCACUGAACCUCUAUUGGCUCUAAGUUCGAAAUAUGAUCACAGUGUAACGGUCUUUUUCAGGCCUACGAUUUGCACGUCAGCGCUCAAAUGGAAAGAGAAAGACAAGAGAAUGAACUGGCACACAAUGCAAGAGAUGACAGCACACACCAAAACUGGAGGCAAGGACGUCGCCGACACAACAGCACGAGCAGGGAUAGUGUACACGACAGGAGAACGACUGAGGAAGGCCGACAUGAGUUCUGGGUGUUUUAUCAAAGUGGCACCCGAAGAGAAUAUUUGUUCACACCAAACGGGCUACUCAAAGGACAACAGAAUCAGAAGGAAAUGAAUGAGAAGAAAGAAAAACAAAAUUCUAAAAUCUCUCUCAACGAGGUAAUAGAGUAUGCUAUGGGCAUCUAGGAAUUUUUCCUAAGUUAAGUACCACUACAUCGUCUUCAACUCAGGAAUAGAUGAACUGCAAAAUAAUUUGUUGCGUGCACAGAAUGAUAGGAUUUCAUUUCUGUUUUAGAUCAACAAACAAUUUGAAAUUUUCUUUCUGUGUUGUCAUGCUAUGCUUUUUUCAAAAAUCGGGUAAGAUGUAUUAUAUAUUCAGACUACAGCAGCUCUCGAAAACGAGGUCGGCAUUUAGGAAUGCCGACCUAAAUGCCGAUCUGUCAAUUUUUUUGUAGGAUUGAUCAUUUCUUGGAAAACCAUCACAAGACUUUGGGAUUAUUUCGUACUCUGCUGCGACAUCCUGCAAGUCCAGCUGUGAGAAUGAAGCGUCUGGUGGAAAUCAUCGCCAUAAAUAUGUUUGAAAUUGAAAACGUGGCUCAUGAAGGUUCACUUUUUUUACUUCACCUUACGCGAGAUUUAUGCAAGAAUAGUUUUAUGCUGUGCAAUUUCAAUGAACCCUUUGUAAACCACUUUACGUAACAUUGCCAUCCAGUCAUGAUCCAGUGAUCUGAAUGUUCCAUUGUCUUUUCAUUCUUUUGAAAACUCCACUGUUCUUCAUGUCAUCCAGUCAUGAUCCAGUGAUUGAAAUGUUCCAUUGUCUUUUCAUUCUUGUGAAAAUUCCACUGUUCUUCAUGCCAUCCAGUCAUGAUCUAGUGAUCAGAAUGUUCCAUUGUCUUUUCACUAUUUUGAAAAUCCCACUGUUCUUCAUGUCAUCCAGUCAUGAUCCAGUGAUCAGAAUGUUCCAUUGUCUUUUCAUUCUUUGAAAAUUCCACUGUUCUCCAUGCCAUCCAACCACCCAUUAAUAUGAUUAUUAUCGCUUGCUAAUUUGGUAUUCUAGAUUAUGGUCAGUUCAUGCAAGGCACGCCUCUGGAUCUAGCGCUCAACCUGGGCAGUGAUAUGUUUGCAUGUUUAUGCAAAGCCGCGUCUGAUGCGAUCAAAUCCUCAGAAAACAAUUCAGGUAGGUACCAUUCCUUCAAAUCGCGCGGUAAUUCUCGGAAAACUAGGAAACAUUGUUGUAGAAAUAUUUCUUUGUUUUCUUGGAAACAUUGUUGGAACACGUUUUGCUUCUCAGGAAGCAAAAAUAUUUCCAAACAAUUUCGGAAACUUGUUCGGAGUAAAACCGGCAUAAAACAUCGAUAUGUACAAACCUUUGUCACGUGUAUAUUUGUAGACCAAGAAGCUUGUCACGUGCCGGUUUUAACCAAUUACGUCCCGGCGAUCAAGGCGUGGUUUGAUUGGAUGCAGCAAAACAUCUCCCUGCUUAGAUCAUCUUCUGUAAGGUACGAGAAAAAUUGUUAACUAGAGAAGUCGCUGUCGCAAGAUAGGCUAUAGGCACUAAUGAAUUUCAAUCAUGCGUGUAUGUUCCAUUUCUAUAUUUCCAUAGUAUCAAAGAGGAGUUUUGGAACAGUAUCGGGGUGUUACUCAACAAUCUGAAUGGAAUUUGUGGAAAGUCGAGUCCUGUUGUCCCAGGUACUUUUCAUGGAUAUUGAUGGGUUUCAGGACGAGCUACAGGCCAGGGCAACAGAUGAUAGUCAAGGCACUUAACCAAUUCCACCGCAUAUAACGAAAAAAAUUAACAUUAUUUUCUCACUCUGAUUAUACAUUGCCGCAAAAUGCCCGGUUAACAAAAUUUUUUAAGAAAAUUUUCGCACACCUUACAAGAAAUUUUUGUCAUCUUAUAUACUGGAAUGCCAUAUAGUGUGCUUAUUGUUUAAAAAUUCCAAAAGCGUUGCAAAAGCGAAAUUGUCUUGUACCGCCGACAUUGAAGUUUAUCACAAUGUGCGGCACCAUACUCUCUCUGAAAUCUACAUAUGCAAGACGUUUUCUAUAUGACUUGCACAAGAAAUUUUUAGUUUUGGACUUUGCUACCAGGAAGAGAAAUGUAUUUUCUAGCCCUGGCUCUGAAAAUGCAGGCUGUACACGAUCUGCCGCACGAUAAUUAAUGCCCAUACAGUGAAACCCACUUGUUAUAGUAUUUUCCGAUUGAAGUUUUUUUGGUACGUUUUUGUGACGUGAACAUAUCCUACGUAUUCUUGACUUUGUUCUUAUUUUGUCAGGCGAAAUAAUUGUAACAUUACCUGAAGAUGAUCAUCUCAAUGGUUUCAACCUCCUUGCACAAGCGAGCAAGCCAAGGAGCAACGUUGACUCGAACUUGGAGAAGGUAAAUUCACUUCAGGCACUAUAAAAGAAACGUUAGAAAUUCAAGCUUUUUGACAAUUGUUGCAGUGGUUCACUAAGCACUAUCGUGCUCAGAUGAUGGUCAACCUGCAGUUAGUCAGAGUGAGAAAAUAAUGUUAAUUAUUUUCAUUGUAUGUAGGACUAGUCUUGUAUCUAUAGUAGAGAGGUAUAAGGUCAAAUACAACUUAACAACCGUGCAACUGACACGGAAUAAGCGUUCAUCUAAUACUGAGACAUUCUUUUUCCGAGAAAAAGCGCAUUAUUGUUAUAGCAUUUCCUUGAAAUAGCGCGUGCAAACCACCCGUUUCUCGGAAGCCAGUAAUUCCAAAUAUAUAUUUCAAACACCGCAAACGCACGACAAGUUUGGCCACGUUAUAACAAAGUGAACAGACGCCACUAUAUAGUUUAUUUUAAACCGGUUGUAUAACAAAGCUUAAUUACAUUUUAACUACCCGUUCUGUAGUUAAAUAUAGUAGUUAACUCUUAAAUACACGAUGCUUGGUUAGUUCACUUGUACAUUAAUUAUAUAUCAGUUAAUUAAUUUAACUGCUUUUUAUACCACCUGCCCCAGAUACCGAUGUAGCAUUGUGGGAUAUCUUUGUGGUUUUUCAUGCGCAGCUAGCAGUUGAACGCAGUUCCGCUUUCGAUUUGAGCUCUGUGUUUACGCUUUUUAUUUUUGUCGAGAGAUUCUUUCCAAAAUGGCUGGUAAUAUUCCUCAUAAUUUCACUGAAGUCAAGAUGCAUGUUGGACCUCACGAGUACGGGCCGUUAAACACCUUCGAAGGGGAGCACAUGAGCAACUUUUGUGGUGGAAAUUACUUCGUCACAACAGCGAAGAAUGAUUUUAUUCCACUGUACCGACUCCAUGGUGGCCAGGCCGGGCAAGAAGGCCAAUAUUGGAGCGUCGAGCAGCGUAGCGGAAACGAGUCGUAUCGCCAUGACAUGGCUGUGCUGCCAAGAUGGGGAAAUACUCUUCAAAACGAGAGCGUGCUUCUUGUUCCGAAAGGAGUGUUGUUGUUUGAAGGAAAAGUCGGAACGCAGGGGCACUAUCUCGGCGGUGGAUGGCAAAUCUUUAUUCCACGAAGGAUUGUGCAGUCGCUUUUCGAGCUACAGCAAACAGCUUUGCGACAAUCUGGAAAUCCCCAAAGCGCCGAUAGCAUUAUCCAAAGAAUGAAUAACAUGCAAUCCGAAAUGGUCGUUAAUUGGGAAAAAGAGAGAGCUAGACGCAUUGCAAGCCGGCUGCAGAGUUCUAGCAGUAGUGCUCGGUUCUUUAACCGUCUGCCAAGCUCAAUCCAGAAUGCUCUUCAAAGUAGUGGAUCUAACUACAGCUCUGGUACCAAGCUACCUACUGGGACUUAUACUUUGCACGAAGAAAGAGUACCAUGCUUAGAUGGCUCGUUCAGAACUUUGUCUGUCUCGGUGAGAACUGAAUUUGUCAAAUCCGUCACGACACAACAGGGACGAACCACUGUCACGACUAAUUAUUACAAUAUUAUUUAUACUACAGAAUACAAGUAACAAGCAGCCGUAAUGGACAAUUCGGACUCGAAAUUUUAUACGUGGCAUGAUAAAUAGUUUACUCUGGCUCUCCAAUUGUAACGAUAGCUUAUUUUCACAAUGAUUGAAUUGAACUCAUUUAAACGACAUAUAGCUGUGUAAAUACUAAAUAAUUAUUGUCGAACAUCGUGCGAAACGGCCCGACACUGACUGGUAUGUGAAAUUUUAUAAUGAAAGUAGAUACACUUGUAGUUCUGUAGUCUCCUUUUUUCUUGGAAAAAUUAAUAUCAAAUUAAUAAACUUACACUGAUACCUGCUGUUAUUUAUCAUUGUAACGACGACAAACCACACUGGACCACCACGUUUGAGAUGUCUUUUUCAGGUAGUUCAGACACAAACCACGACAGCUUAUUGUAGAAUACUACCUACACUGGACCACCACGUUUGAGAUAUCUUUUUCAGGUAGUUCAGACACAAACCACGACAGCUUUAUAUUGUAGAAUACUACCUACACUGGACCACCACGUUUGAGAUAUCUUUUUCAGGUAGUUCAGGCACAAAGCACGACAGCUUGUUGUAGAAUACUACCUACACUGGACCACCACGUUUCAAAUUUAGUUACACUUUCAUAUUUAGGAAAUGGUAUAUCGCCUGCUUAGAAACGAGGCUGUACAAUCGAUUGCAAAAUUCCUAUGUGAGUUUGAAGACCUACCUUUAAGAUUUGACGAAAGUUCUCAGACUUAUUACGUCACUGACAUCAUGACGAAUACGACAUCGGAGGAGAACCGGGAGACUGGAAACGAAAUUGACGAGGUAGGGUAACGCCCCGAAGAAACUGCAAUGAAUUAUAAUGAAGUUUAGUAUCUAAAUUAUAAGGGGUGUUGCCAGUGGGUAACACUGGAUUUUUUUGCAUUUACUUUUCAACAGGAUGAUAUUGAAGACGAUGUCAUAAUCGAGAGCGUCGAAGAUAUCGACUCCGAGUAAGUUAAAUUACGAUUCUGGGUUAUGGAAUGGUGGUGUCUUUAUUAGGAUAAAAUACUUGGAAGUAAUAUCGAGUAAUUUAUAAUGUAAUUAUAAUGAUUCUUCUAACUUUCUCUACAGUGAGGAAUUACCGAGUCCUGUACGAGAGCUCAAGGUAAAUUUAUUACUUUACGAUAUUUUAUACAACAGGAGCUGGUUGUUCAAAGCUGGCUUAGCCCUAAUCAUUGGUUGAAAUUUAACCUGCUGUUUUAGUUUAUGUAUUUCUGCAAGUCUGUUUAUUUCAAAACUUUAGAGAGGAAACCUCCCAAUGAUCCAGACAAGAUUUCUCAAGAAAUAUUUCCAAAUUUGUAAACCAGCUGUUGGGAAAUUUGCUUUGAAUUUUAGGUUAACUUAGGGUUAAGCUUUUGAACAACUGACCCAUUUGAAAGAAACAAUGAUAGGAAAUUAAUGAAUUUCUCAAUGAUGAACCAGUAGAGGAUCUAUUGCAAAUGUUUCUUUACUAAGCCGUCUUUUUAAUCGGUAUCUGGACGGUGUGAAAUUACCUUUUCAUUUACCUCCUAUAAUCCUUUUCUUUUCGUUUGUUUUAAGGCGAAGAAAGAUGCUCUAACAAAAGAGAUUUUAAAUCAGAAACAGAGAGAAGAAGAGGCCCAGGUAUUAACUUUCGUCUUCACUAAUUAGAUAUGUAUUUUAGAGCCGGAACAAAGACACUUCUUGUGCUAAACGUCUUCACUUCAAUUUUCCAGGCUGUUUUAGUGGAACAUUCAAGCAAGCCAACAUUAGCCCUGGAAAUUAACCCGCAAUAUCUCGUGCCCGAUACGAACUGUUUCAUCGACCAUCUGCCUGGUUUGCAAUAUAUUGUCGAGUCUAGAUAUUUCACUGUUGUUAUUCCGCUCGUGGGUAAGUAUAUAGCUGUGUUUCACUAAGCACUAUCGUGCAGCCGAUGGUGGUCAACCUGCAUUUAUCAGAGUGAGAAGAUAAUGUUGGUUCUUUUCAUUAUAUGUUUUGGUUUAGUAUAGACCCAUUGCAUAUAACGUCACAGCGCCGGUGACGAUGCAUCUGGAGGACAAAUUAGCAAUCUAUGCAUAAUAUAACUUUUGUAAACAAAGCAAAUUUUGUAAAAGUUUAUAAUAAUUUUGUAUUAAAAUAGUUAAUUUUUGCGCUGUAUGUGGUUGUUGUACCCGAACAGAUAUUGUUAGGGAGCAUCUGGACACAGAAUAGAAAAUAGACCAGAAGCCUCACUCAGCCAAAAUUGUGUCCGAGAUUUUUUAUGCGCAGGCGCGAGCCAGCAAGUGUAAUCCACGCCAUCAAACGCGAGCAAUUACGCCAUCAAUUGCCAUCACUAGGUAAUAAAGAUUGCUGUUUUAACCGUUUUGCUGACGAACGCUGACGUGAUGUUCGCAGCAAGUGUCACAUACGUCAUCUAGCGUGCGAAAUUCGUGAUCCGCAAGGCAAAAAUCGCGGACACGAAAAUGUUAAGGAAAGGUGUACAGUGAGGCUUCUGGUCUAUUAUAUAUUCUAUGAUCUGGAGGACACUCUAAGGAUUUGUGACGUCAGUGCAAAGGGUCUAUUGUAAGCAAAUAAAUUGAAUAGAGAGAUGUCGUUUAAUAUUCCUGCUGUUUUGCAAGUCUCGACAUUUCUGCAGUUGACCACCUUGUAACACCUGCCCUUGUAACGCUGACCGAAACUGGAUAGAUGGAGGUUUUAUGUAAGACCCUAUAAUGGCUGGUUUUCUAAAGUUUCUGUGAUCACAGUAGGAAUUUUGCAUAGGUAAAUUCUAGGUUUUUAAGGAUUUGUAAGAAAUGUUUGAGGAAACUGACUUGGUGGUAAACAUUGAGUUAGUUCCCUCAAACAUUUCUUACAAAUCCUUCAAAACUUAGAAUUUACCAAUACAAAAUUCCUACUGUGAUCACAGAAACUUUGAUAUUGUACACCAGGUUUUAAGUUACCUUAACAUGAAUCAAUGUAUAUAAACGUUUUAGUAAUAAACGAACUGGACGGUUUAGCGAAAGGGCUUUCAGCUGCGGAUACUGAUCAACAACAACGUGCAGACUUCGUUGCAUACCAAGCAAGGUGAUGUUUUGUUGUGAUGUAUACUUUCAGACUUUAUUUUUAACUUUGCUUUCUGCAAGUGCGUUUUACAUCUGUGACAGAGGUUCGAUGCCUCGGUUACAUGUGAGCAGAAUGCUUCCAGUUUGACGCUACCAGACACUGCAGAUAUACACACGUAAAAAUCUCACUAAGUUGGCAACAAGAUGUGUUCGCAACAGGCUUGUGGCAAGCUUGUCAACAAGUCGUGACAACGCUGUUAUUUUAUCAAGUUGCUACGAUGUUGUCAUUGUCGAAUUGCAGGACGAUAUACCGAGUUGUUGGAACAACUUGGAACAAGUCCGUUGAGCUCAACAACCUUGUAGCGAGUUGGCAACAAGCCGAUGACAACUUGUCAACAAGCUGGGAACAAGCAGUGCGAACACAUCCUGUUGACAAGUUGUUGGAACAACAUUGCUACAAGUCUGCUGUGGGUUUGUCACAACUUGUGUGACGUUUUUACGUGUGUAGCUGGAUCUUUAUGCAAAGCUAAAACUGAUAGAAUUAUCCAUGCAGUUUAUUUAAAUAUGUACAGUAACAGUGAGUAUUGUUUCCAUAUAUACCUUAUUGUUUUCCCAAUAUAUCCCUUUAGGGCUGCAGUAGAUUUCUUGGAGUAUAGCUUCAGUCUCACGGAUCAGUCACAAAUGUUGGCGUUAACAAGCAAGGGUUCAGUGUUGUCCACCAUUGCGUUUCGUAGCGAAGAACCGACGGCUGGAAGGGUAAAGAAAUACGACACUUUGUUUAAUGAACAGAUUUAUACUAAAGACUACUCGUCUAUCCAACGCAUCAUCCAUCUUAUUGUAAACACAGGAUCGACUAUACACGUAAAAACGCACAAGUUGCAACAAAUCUGCAGUAGAUUUGUAGCAAUGCUGUUCCAACAACUUGUCAAGCUUGUUGACAAGUUCCCAUGGGAACUUUGCAGCUUGUUGACAAUCUUCCCUGUGCGUUGUUGAGCUCAACAGACUUCUUACAAGUUGUUCCAACAACUUGUUAUCGUCCUGCAAUUCAUCAAUUUGUCAACAAGUUACGAGUGACAACCUUGUAGUAAUUUGAUAAAAUAACAGCGUUGUAACAAACAAGUUGUAACAAACCUGCAGCAGACUUGUAGCAAUGCUGUUCCAACAACAUGUCAACAGGAUGUGUUCGCACUGCUUGUUCCCAGAUUGUUGACAAGUUGCCACAAGGUUGUUGAGCUCAACGGACUUGUUACAAGUUGUUCCAACAACUUGUUAUCGUCCUGCAAUUCAAAAAUUUGUCGACAAGUUGUGAGUGACAACCUUGUAGCAACUUGAUGAAAUAACAGUAUUGUUACAACUUGUUGACAAGCUUGCUACAAGCCUGUUGCAAACACAUCUUGUUGACAAGUUGUGAGAUUUUUACGUGUGUUCCAGACAAACUAGCUAGAAUAGCGUGAUUUAUACUGGCAAUGAUUCUGGGAACAAUAUCUGAUAACACUGAUAUAUUGUGUAUUUAUACGAAUAGACGAAUUAUCUGUCAAACUACUCGCACACUUUCAUGUGUGUAGAGGAACUACUGCGUUUAUACCCAGACGAUCUAUCUUUCCUUUACCCAAACUCGCUAAGACGGAUCAUAUAAAUUAUAAAAUUAUUUUUUCAUAGUCUCAAAAUAAGAAUGAUGUUAUUGCAGGGUAUAAACGAUGACGUUAUCCUGAAUUGCUGUACUCAUUACUGUGACGCUAAGAUGGACGUUGUCAAUAAACUCGCAACAGGUUUGGAACUAUUAUAAUAUUACAAGACUAUUGUUCACCUCAGUCACAUGUAAGUGAAUCAAUACUGGAUCAAUAAGAGAUGAUUCUUACUGGACCUCUAGGGCGAACAGUUUAAAACUGAUAGAGCUAUCCAGUACCUGUAGUAACACUGGAUCAAUAAGAGAUGACCCUUAUUGGACUUUUAGGGAGAACAGUUUAGAACUGAUGGAGCUAUCAGUAUAAACAAAGUAAGUUGAGUUGAGUUUUCCUCCUGUAGUAACACUGUAUUUCUCUAUCUUGUAGCUGAUCAACCAUUCACAAUAAGACGUAAAGUGGUUCUCCUUACUGAAGAUCGAAAUCUUCGCUUGAAGGCGCAUGUGCAGAAUAUCCCUGUUGUCACCGUACCACAGUUCCUAGAAAUGAUCGUUCCGUGAAAGUCUCGGUGUUUUCCAAGAACGGAGAGGCUUAUAAACUAAGCGUAUGUGGUCACGAAGCCCGCGGGAUAAGCGAAGGCCAAAGGAAAUUCACAGGAUACAAUUAGACUUCGUGUCCUACCCAACGUGAGAAGAAAGCACACGAGUUAUGUACAUCCGAUUUGCACGUGUUACAUCAGAAAUAAGCGCGAGUUGCACCUCAAACGCACGUGAAUGAACCAUUGUUACAUUGGUGGCUAGAAAUUUGUUGUGAAGUCAGUUAUUACAGAACCUUGGAAACCCUACAAUGCUUACACCCGCAGACAGAAAGUUUUUGAAAGCUAAAACAAGUUUCAAACAAUUGGAAAACAUUGUUGUGUAUAAUUAUUCAGUAUAAGAGCCAUCCAAUUCUCCAGAGAAUUUCCGAGCGACGUGCGACCAGCAGCCUGGGAACUAUAAGCAGUGUAAUAUUUCAAAGAUAUUAAGGACGUAUAUAGCCAAUGAGAUCCAGAGCUCAACAAAAACUUAACUUUCUAAUGUGAGGAGAGACUUGAAUUCGAUCAUUGUGAGUAAUUUGUAGAAGAAAUUUAUUCUUAGCAAAACAGAAAUUGAAUUUGAAAUUAAUUAAUAAUGAAACAUUUUAUUUGUAUGCAAAAGCAGGCUAGCUAAAAACCAAAACGUUACCACAAGACUAUCGCAGCAAUUACGAUAUUACAGUGUAGGUUGAUUUCACUAUAUCGAUCGUACAGCAGAUGGUGUUUCAAUAAACAGUUAUCAGAAAAUUAACGGCUCUUUUCAUUUAAUAGAGGCGCGAGCAUAAUUGGAGAAUUGAGACAAUUUUAAAUGUCUCAAUUAAAAAGUCUCUUCUGACAUUGUCAAUGCAAAUGUUUGCGAAGAUCGGAGGCCAUCUACUGGACCGUAAGAGUUAUAGAAAUCCAUGCACCCAUGUUAUACUACAUUGUAGUUCUGAAUUUGAAUACUAAGCUGUAUCAAUAAUACAUUUCAUUAGAGAUGGCAAAUGUAAAUAAGGUUCGAAUUAAUUAAUUUUUUUGUAGGAAAUUUGAAACAAUUGAGUGAUGUCGUAAAUUAAAUUAAUCGUUUUUUUUGCCCGUGGAAUCAGAAGGCUUCUCUUAUUGGUUGAUGUUAUUUGUAAAACAAACUUACUGGGAUUAUAAGAGGAAAUUGCGAAGAG